AUGGACUAUGAUAGUGUUCUUAGAACUUUUGAGCAAGCAUGCCGGGACUUCCAGACUCCUGCUACUCGUAUAGCUGGUGAACGUGUCCUCCUUCAAUUCAGAUCAACACCUGGCAUCCUUUCUGUAUGCCAAUACAUUUUAGGUCAGCAAGAAGUUUGUGGUCUUUCACGUUGCAUCUUGACUGAUCCCCCAAAUACGUUGUGUGCAGAACAUGCCAGUCAUCCAUUAGUCCAAUUUGAAGUCGCUGCUGCCAUGAAAGAGGCUAUUACAAGGGAAUUCACACAACACUCCAAACAAGAAAUCCAAGCACUGCGCACAUAUCUCAUCAAGACUGUUGUUUCUCGUGGUCAGAGGUAUUUUAUAUCUUCGUUGUUUCGAACUGGAAUUGGUAUUGAUCUCUCAUCGCCCAACAGUUUACCUCAUUAUGUGAGGGAGCAACUGCUUCAAACUGCCGCUCUUUUGGUUAAACGGGGCUGGUUGGAUGCUACACAGGAUGAGAUGGAAGCGGUUAUUAAGGACGCUGCUGAUCUUUUACAAGGAACUGUCUUUGAAAAAAAGCUCUCAAUGUCAUUAUUGAUGGCCCUAAUCAAUGAAUUCUCAUCUGGAAAAGCUAGUGCAAUUGGCCUACCUUGGUCCUUUCACUACCAGUGCCGGAAAUCCUUUGAAAAAACAGAACUUCAACACAUCUUUCAGAUGGCUCUACAAGUGUUAUUUACGUCGCUUCCAGAAGUAACAGCUAUCUCCACUUUUGAUGAAUCGAGCGAUACCGGUGUUUUGGUAGCAAGCAUUGUCGCCGUUUCAGAAACGAUCCUUCAAUGGGAAUUCACAGAUACGGACAAUACAAUGGGUGGCGCAUUCGAACGAAACGUACUUCCAGAUACGAAUGCUGCUGAAGAUGAAGCCAAGAGUCAAGUGUCUGUGUUUCCAGAGUCCUGGAGUGCGUUGCUUGUCAGACCGGAUGUGCUGGAUCUCUUUUUUCUGGCUUACAAGGCGUUAGCCAAGGACUCGAAUGCAGGAAACCGUGCUCGCCAGUGUUUAAUACAAUUGGCUGGUUUGCAUGGAAGGAUAUUUCCCAACAAUGACGCUCAAAUUGCUUAUGCUGCUCAUUUUCUCGAUGGAUUGAUGCGUCUUCUUCAGGAAUUUCUGUCCAGCAAUAGUGACCAUCUAGACGACGAAUCUGGACCCGAGUUAAUAGGGAUAGUGCAAAUGUCUCGCCGAUUAUUGACGCGAUUUCCUAUUCCUAUAUUGGGAUCAUCACCUCAUUUGUCUCGAUUCCUUGAAGACAUGAGUGUUUUGACUCGAUUGUGUCUGCGUCAAGGUGUUGGGUCUGAAGCAUCGUGGUGCUCAGAAGCAGCCGAAGAACUGCUAGAGACUUGGUCUGCUUUUGUUACGGACGCAAAUCAACUAUCAGGCCCUGGUUAUGAUGCUCUCAAAGCAUAUCUGCAAGCACAGUCAGGCUCCAUAUUUACAACCUACGUCGACGCUCAAAUGGAGACGGCCAGAGUCACGUCUGAAGAAGAAGAUGGUAUUGAUGAGGAUGAUAUGGGAUUCAAAGAUCAGGAAAUGUAUUCAGACCAAUUGAUUUCCGCUGCAGCACUGGCAAGGAAUAGUCCCCGUCAGUCCCUUGACAGGAUGAUGUUGGAAAUUAGUGCAAGGGUCGAAUGUGUGAAGCGAGCUUUUGAGGGACAGAGUGCUGAAAAUCUGUCGAUAAUUCUUGAACAGACUCAUUGGUUAACUUUGAUUGCCGGCUAUAUACUUGCAGACUCAGGUGUUGGUGAACAACCUCUAGUCCCAAGCUCCCUGGCUUCUCUUUCUAACGAAGUGGCAGCAGAGGCCAAUCCCACUCUGAUACUUCCAAAUAUGUUGUUUGGCUUGUUAAAAUAUGUGACUGUUGAUCCAUCCCUGCCUCAAAUGGAACUAUGUAGCCCUCUCGUUGCAGAGUCUUUACUCUGGCUCGUGGAAAGAUGGAGCAGAACGUAUCUCUUUCUUAAUGCAGAUGAACAGCAUCCCAGAUGUCCAACCAUUAUAGCUGCUUUUGGAGUCAACGACAAUGGAUCCCGUAUUUUGGAGGUCAUACUUGAUAUGAUUCAUGACAAUUUGGUGCUCUGGGUUGCAGAUCCGGAUGUCACAGCACAGAUUGUCCGUAUGUUGAAUACGUUUCCUCAAAACAAAAUGAUUCGCCACUCACUACUGGAGUCUGAAAAAUUCCAAGGUAUCGCUACUUUUAUUCUCAACAAUUUGCAUCGAAUUCCGGCCAUUGUGCAUACAUCAUUGAUUCAAACCAUUGCAACCAUCGCAUCACACGCUGCUACAGAAGAAGCUAGACUAGAGUAUUUUACUGGUUUGAACGAAGCCGUCCAAAAACGUUUAUUGGCCGUUAUUCAGCUACCAAACUUUAGCCAAGUAUGCCAUCGCCCUGAAAUCAUUCUCCAGGUUGUUAAUACGUUAGAGCUGUAUAUUGGACUUGCACAGUCUCAGGAUAUGGCAACCACCUCUCUUGUAUUUGCAGCAUGCGCUCCAUAUUUAGGAGCCUUUGUGCAUCUAGUCGAUGUAUAUCACAACUCGCCAGAAGUCGAACAAUACGUACUUCAAUUUUUUGAAGCCUUUGUCAGGAAUGCCGUGUUUACACAAUUACAGCCUUCCGAUAUGGACAUGUUGACCAGCACUUUGCUCAAUUUAUUUACUACAUUUGGCAAAACUGGAAUCGGCAAGUCUCGAUCCGCAGAAGUCGGCCAAGAGGACGAAUUGUUUGAGGACGUCUCGUCCUUGUUGAGGCUCAUGUCUUCUCUCAUGGAAUCCGGAUUAUCUGAUGGAGCAGGAGAGAGUGUAGCUCGAGCUAAAAUCGGUGAUGUUGUGUUUCAUGGUGUUAAUACAGUCAUACCUUUGAUCAGUGCGGAGAUGCUCAAGUACCCACAACUUGGUCGUGAAUAUGUUCCACUCGUAUCACGACUGGUGCAAUACUUUCCUGAACGUCUGAUACAGCUUCCUGCUCCACUCUUAUCUUCCCUCGUCAAAUCCUUGAUUUACGGAUUUGAUGCUACCGAGUAUGAGAUUGCUCGAUCAGCCUUUGAGGCUGCUAUGACAUUGGCUAUUUGGUCUCGCAAACCCGAAGCCAUUCAGGACCCAGCACUUGUAUAUAUUCAACCUCAUCUGGAUUCUCUCCUGUCUGAAAUCUUGCAAUGUCUCUUAUUUAAGGAGUUUGAUCCAGACCUCAUUGAGUCUGCUGGGGAGGCAUUCUUUGUGUUAACAAUAUGUAGAAACGCAACGUAUAUAGAGUUUGUGAGACAGCUAGUAGACUCUCGAGAAGAUGUUGCCAUCAAGUCUCGAUUAUCAGCUGCAUUUGUAUCUCUUAACCAAGUCUUGGCAAUUGCUGCAAGCGAUGUUAUGACGGUUGUGACGUCUACCUCUGGAACGUUUCUACGAGGUUCGAAAUUCGAUUCCUUCCGUAGUGGCUUGGUGGACUUUCUUGUAAAUGUGAGAGGUUUCCUGCGAGUCAAAUAG